CUCGGCCUCACUCCACUUCCAACCACCAUCACUUUUUCAUCAUAAUCAUGGCUGGCGCUGCUCGAAUGCUCUCCAGCCGUUUUGCUGGCGGCGCUGCCGGCACCCUGUUCCUUGGCGCGGGUGCGCUCUGGGGCCUGUCCGAGUCUGUCUACACUGUGGACCAAGGUCACCGCGCCAUCAUUUUCAGCCGCCUCGGUGGCGUCAAGGACGAGGUAUACGCCGAAGGUCUCCACUUCAAGGUGCCGUGGUUUCACCAUCCCAUUGAUUUCGACGUUCGCUCAAAGCCGCACCGCAUCACAUCACUGACAGGCAGCAAAGAUCUCCAAAUGGUCAACAUCACCAUCCGUGUCCUUUCUCGACCAAACGUCAACCAACUUGCCACCGUUUUCCGACAGCUUGGUCCUGAUGCCGACGAGCGAGUGCUCCCGUCGAUCGUCAACGAGACACUCAAGAGCGUGGUGGCGCGCUUCAACGCUUCCCAGCUCAUUACCCAACGCGAGAAAGUCAGCCGCUUGAUUGCCCAGCAGCUGAUUGAUCGCGCUACAGAUUUCAACAUUGUCAUUGACGAUGUUUCGAUUACCGACCUUGGCUUUUCGCGAGAGUACAGCAGCGCCGUCGAAGCCAAGCAAGUAGCACAACAGGAGGCACAACGUGCGCAGUUCAUCGUCGAGAAGGCCAAGCAAGAUCGACAGGAGAAGAUUGUCAAGGCCGAGGGUGAGGCAGCUGCAGCCAAGAUGGUCGGUGUUGCCAUCCAAAAGAACCCUGGUUUCCUUCAGUUGCGCCGCAUCGAGGCUGCACGCGAAAUCGCCGAGAGCAUUGCUCAGUCGCCCAACCGCGUCUAUCUCGAAGCCGAUACUCUUAUGCUGAACGUGUUCUCGGAGAACGACAAGCCUACCGGCAAGCGCAAGUGAACGGACUUUUUUUUUUUUGGUUCCCGAGACAAAAACAAUGCCUGUUGACUUUGAAUUUCGCUUGGAUUCGGUUGGUUGUGCAUGUGCUGUCGUACCAUACGUUUGUAAUACACUUGCAUCUAUUGCACAGUUCCA